CCUGUACAUAUUUCUUAUGGUUGAAUAAAAUCCUCGCAAUUUCUUUUUUUUAAAUGGUAAGUCAAUAGUCCUCUCUCUUGUGUAUUUGUUUUCAACGCGGUGAAGAAGAAAAGGCCACCACUCAAUUCAGAAGAAAGAAAAAAAACGAACAUCACAAAUCACGCCAAAACCUUAAGUCAAGCAAUGCAUUUGAGCCCUCUACAAAUGGAAGGCUUACCUAAAAUCAAGAAAUUAAAACACCUCUAAAAUUCACGCGAAUAAAAACCCUUUUUGCAAAUUCUUCAUUAACAAAACCCACAUUAGGAAUUCACACACCAAAUUAAUUAAACCAUUCUUUCUAAAAAAAAAACAGAGGAAGAAUGGCGGCCCAGAAUUUUCCGGCGAACCUUCUUCCCGACGAGGCAAGCCCCGAGUGGAUGAACAAGGGGGACAACGCGUGGCAGCUGGCGGCGGCCGCGCUCGUGGGCCUCCAGAGCGUGCCGGGCCUCGUGAUCCUCUACGGCGGCAUCGUUAAAAAGAAAUGGGCCGUGAACUCGGCCUUCAUGGCCCUAUACGCCUUCGCGGCCGUCCUCGUCUGUUGGGCCGGAUGGGCCUACCGUAUGUCAUUUGGUGACAAGAUGACCCCAUUCUUGGGCUACCCAGGCCCAGCUCUCGACGAGGACUACCUCAUGGGCCGGGCCUUCCUGGGCUCGUUUCCCAACGCGACGAUGGUGAUGUUCCAGUUCGUUUUCGCGGGAAUAACGCUGGUGCUUGUGGCGGGGGCUUUGUUGGGGAGGAUGAACUUUUACGCGUGGAUGAUUUUCGUGCCUUUAUGGCUCACGUUUUCGUACACUGUGAGCGCGUUUAGUAUGUGGAAUCCAAAUGGAUGGCUGGCGAAAAUGGGUGUAAUCGACUUCGCUGGAGGGUACGUUAUACACGUGGCGUCGGGGGUCGCCGGAUUCACGGCCGCUUAUUGGGUGGGCCCAAGGUCGACAAAGGACCGCGAAGCUUUUUCCCCGAACAACAUCAUGUCGAUGCUGACGGGCGCAGGUUUGGUGUGGAUGGGUUGGACCGGUUUCAACGGCGGUGCACCAUUUGCCGCCAACCGGUCAGCCGCCUUAGCUAUCCUCAACACCCACAUAUGCACUGCCACUAGCCUGCUGACGUGGCUCGCUCUCGACAUCAUGGUUUUCAAAAAACCCACCGUGUUUGGAGUCACGCAAGGGAUCAUAACCGGCCUCGUCUGCAUCACCCCUGCAGCAGGCGUGGUGCAAGGAUGGGCCGCGAUAAUCAUGGGCCUACUAUCGGGCUCCGUGCCGUGGUUCACAAUGACGAUCCUCCAGAAAAAGCUCUCGAUCCUCCGUAAGGUCGACGACACGCUAGGCGUGCUCCACACGCAUGCGGUCUCAGGGAUAAUAGGUGGGGUACUCACGGGCAUCUUGGCGGAGCCCAAGCUGGCGCGACUCUUCUACUUGGUCGACGACUGGCAACACUAUAUUGGGCUUUUUUACGGGCUUCACUCGGGCAAGGCCCAAGCAGGGGCCCGACAGCUUGGGGUACAGGUACUGGCAAUGGGCCUUGUUGUAUGUUGGAAUAUUGUGAUCACGAGCUUGAUAUGUGUGCUGAUUAGGACUGUUGUGCCGUUGAGAUUAACGGACGAGAUUAUGGAGAAAGGAGACGAGUCGGUUCAUGGGGAAGAAGCGUACGUGUUGUAUGGGGAUGAAGGAUAUAAGAAUUUCAAUGCUUAAGUUAAGGAUUCUUUUUAAUUGAUUAUGAACCUUUGUUGGGUUGGGUAAGAAGAUUAGAAGUUUGUGUAGAUUAAUAAAUGUUUUAACUAUGUAUGUGUUUCAUGCAGUGUUCAAGGAAAAAAAUUGAAGAACAAUUGAUGAUAUACUUAUAAUUCAUAAUGUGUAGUGUAUCCUUUUUUUGUCCAAUUAUUGAUUGAAGCC